AUGAACAUCCACCGAGCGCGGCAGCCAGACCCGAGCUUCGCUCGUACAACAGCGCUCAUGGUCAACAUAUUCUCCAUGACUACAGAAGCGGUCGAUCCUCGCACGCUUCUGAGCGAGAGGGAAGUACGCGGUCAGCUACAUCUGCGCUUCCGCCCCAAAUGGGAUGUCAGUCCCGGAAUUCUCGCUCGAGAGAAAAAGUCCGUGAAAGACGAGAGCUUCAAGGCAUUCAAGUCGCACAACUACUGCGUCUUCGCGUGCAAGCUCCUAGCGGGUCUUUUGGCUUGGCUAGUCGAGGAACUACGCCUUCCAAUCGAUGUCGAAGAGGUGGAGAUACACGGGGUCUACGAGAUCAAACCCGUCGUCUGCAUCGAGAGCUCGACCGGCAGGAGAAGGCGGAUCGCCGACGUACACACGGUGUUCAAAAUCACCUCCCCCAACGACAAUGGAGAGGGCGUCUACAUCGACCCCUCAGCGCCCCAGUACCUACGACCCGCGGGCGUAUACCCCGUCAGAGGAUACCCUGCAUACCCGGACGAGGAAGUGAAAGUGCCGAUAGAGUUCUUCUCCUUGGGAUACAAUUACUCCCAACACCUCAACAGCGUUCACGAGAACGAAGCCAGUUCGUCACGUUCCCGCACCCUGCGCAUAGAAUUCCGAACCGAAGCGAUCGUGCGAACGGUCAACAACCGGGUAUACCAGAAGAUGACUGGCUGCGCAUGGAAGGACGUCAUCAGGGGCGGCAAUGAUGACAAGUGGGGUGCUCUGGAGCAUGAUAUCCUGAGCUCCGUCAAGGCGGAUCUCGAUGUCCUGGUGAACUACCUCGACAACAAGUACAUCCCGGGCAAUCUUGACAGGAACACACACUGGAAAGCCCUGGCUAAAUCCUGCAUGGGUACCGGUCAUGCAAAGGUCAUGGAGUCUUUGGAGCGAGCGUUGGGACUUGAGGUGACGCGGCAUCAACUUUCUUAG